UAACAGCCAUUUGAGGAAAGCAGUGAAACAGAUUGAGGGCAGCGUUGUCAAUUUACAGUCAACGCAGGUACCUCGUCAAUACCUUGCAGAGGCAAUGGGGGCAAUGAUGCAAACUCUGUUGUAAUUAAAACAUAAAGAAAAACGUAUUCUUAGCUGACUCUUUCAGUAUCGUUCAAUGCCUAACAUUUCAGAAGAUGAAAAGGAGAAUGGUUCUGGAAAUAAUGGAAACACCGAAAACAAACCUGGGAAAGAAUCCCCAGAAGCUUCUCUUCAUGAUCCCGUGAAGCCAUACUGCAUGUCAGACGCCUCCGCUGCGUCCUUGGUGUCGAGGGGAGAUGGGCAUUAUCCAUGGGGAUGUCCUGUGACUCAUACACGAGAGAAAUUUUAUACCAUCUGCUCAGACUAUGCUUUUUUAAACAGAGUAACAUCUAUUUGUAAAAGCCCAAGUGCUUCAGUUAGUGCCUGCCUGUCAGGCAGUGCUGCCUUAAACAUUGAUAGCUUAAUCGGCAUUCAAACUGGUGCUUCAGAGAUAAUCUACAGUGAAGAGGCUAACUUGGAAGGCUUGCCUGGCGAUCUUGGAAAGCUUCCACUGGCAUGGGAAAUCGACAAAUCGGAGUUCAAUGGCAUGGCCACGAAUCUGAAGAACAAAGCAGGCAACAUGAAGAAACAAGUGACAAAGAAAAAAUCCCUAGACAGAAAAAGCAAACAAUACAGGGAGUGUCCUCAGCAUUCUGCUCUUGAAGACGUGAAGGAGAGGAAAGUGUUGGACCUCCGGAGAUGGUAUUGUGUUAGCCGACCUCAAUACAAGACUUCCUGUGGAAUUUCAUCCUUAGUGUCUUGCUGGAAUUUCUUAUAUAGUACACUGGGAGCUGGAAGUUUACCACCUAUUACUCAAGAAGAAGCUUUGCAUAUACUGGGCUUUCAGCCCCCAUUUGAGGAGAUUAGGUUUGGUCCCUUCACGGGAAAUACAACUUUAAUGAGAUGGUUUCGGCAAAUAAAUGAUCACUUCCAUAUCAAGGGAUGCUCCUAUGUUCUGUACAAACCUCAUGGGAAGAACAAGACAGCUGGAGAGACUGCUGCGGGGGCCCUUGCAAAGCUAACACAUGGACUGAAAGAUGAAUCAAUGGCCUACAUCUACCAUUGCCAAAACCAUUAUUUUUGCCCAAUUGGAUUUGAAGCAACCCCGGUAAAAGCUAGUAAAGCGUAUAGAGGUCGUGUCUUGCAGCAAGAAGUAGAAUAUUGGAUCUUGAUUGGAGAGCCGAGCAGAAAACAUCCAACAAUACACUGUAAAAGGUGGGCAGAUAUUGUCACUGACCUAAACACCCAAAAUCCAGAAUAUCUAGACAUUCGACACCUAGAGAGAGGAUUGCAGCAUCGAAAAACAAAGAAGGUUGGAGGAAAUCUUCAUUGCAUCAUUGCCUUUCAGAGACUUAACUGGCAAAGAUUUGGUCCUUGGAAUUUUCCAUUUGGAAAUGUUAGACAGGAUAAACAAUCCCAAACACAAGGCCAAGGAAUUUCCAAAUCUGAGAGUGAAGACAAUAUCUCUAAGAAACAACACGGACGACUGGGUCGAUCUUUCAGUGCUGGCUUUCAUCAAGAAUCUACGUGGAAGAAAUCUGGUCUUCGUCAGAGAAGGAACAGUGGGUAUCAGAGUUACAAUGAUUAUGAUGGAAAUGAUUAAAAUUAACUUUAGAUAAUAGAGUUGAUAUAUUAAAGUUAGUUUUAAUCAAGACAUAUUAGGGAUCUUUAGUCCUAGAACACAUAUGAAUAGAAAUUAUGGUAUAAGAUACAGCUUCAUAAUUAGUAAAUAAAUCUGGUGAUAAGGUUGCAACAGAUGAGAUCUGAAUGUGUAAACUGACAGAUAAGCACAGAUUAUUGUACUUUUGCAAUCAAAAGUAAAUAUGACAGCAAAAUCAAUCAUUUCUUUUGAAAUAAUUGUACUAGGUCCUGAUCUGUGAAAACAAAAGAGCAGAUUGAAAUUAGUCAAUGUAAUAAAUAGACUUCAUUGAAAAUACUUAGCAUUCGAAAGCAUGAAAAUUUAUUAUAUGACUUUAUAAAAAGGGUUAUUCUGCAAAUGGUGUAAGGGUAAAAGUAAACAUUGCCUUCCUUUUUAACACUCCAUUUUGUUAAGGCUGCCCAUAUCCAGUGAAAAUAAAAAAAAUCACAUAGGUUAGGAAACCCUGUCAGAUUUACAAAGUGAACGUACGUUCUCCAUUUAGUUCCCAGUAGACUUCUGUCAGUCAGGUAAUCAUAUUUUGCCAAGUAGGUCUCGGUUCCUUUCCCCUUAGCUGGAUGCCUGUUUUAGACUGAGAGGAAUCGCCUGUGGCAGGGAAAGCUCGAGGACGGACCUUCUUUACUGCUUUUGCUCUGUGGGUACAGCGGCUGAAUUCUUACCCUGGAGCCUCUUGAGAGCACGGACUCGCUUAACACAAGCUUGUGAAAUUCAGUAUUAAAAAGCUGCAUUUACCAUUAACCAAAUGAGCCGGCUGAACACUGCGUUCUGUUGGCAGUUCUUUUCCUUGUUCAGUCUUAAAACUUCUGUCACUUUGCUGCUGCUCUUUUAAUUUUCUGUGAAAGGGGUGCAAGUGCCGAAAACUGCUGGCAGCCCUGAUGAUAUUAUAUACCUCUCAGCCAGCAAACAAUUCAAGCUUUUUCAGGUGUCCGUGUGCAGUUUCUUCCCCCUCCCCGAUUUGAAAUGUAUCCAGUUGUUUGCUCAAACACAUCUCAACAGUUGUAACUUCUGCGUACAAAUGUUCAUACCUGCUCAAGGAUUAAUUUUUUGACAUAAACAGAUUUGUCAUGGAAUGCGGGGGUUUUGUAGGUUGCUGCUUUUGUUAACCAAAAAUGGGAGACUUUUAGACUUUUGUUCUUUCAAUAAAAUUUGUUUUCUA